GCGUCUCACCUUACGAUGCCGAGUGAGGGGCCCUUCACCUAUGAAUGGUUCGCGCGCAGGCGGUUUCCGGAAGCAAACGAGCUGACGUACGCCUGGUGGAUGCUGCUUAACGGGCCCGCCAUGAUCAUGCUCCUACUGCUGGCGUACGCUUACGUGCAGUGGAGCAUCGAGCGCAAGGGUGGAGCUACCAUGCUAGGAGGCGCGGCCGAAGCCAGGUUGACUGCUGAGGUCACACGCAAGUACAACGACCUCGGACCGCUGUCGUUCGCGGAGGCAACGGUCGUGUUCAUGGUGGUGCUGAUGGUGCUCCUACUGCUCACGAUGAAGCCGCAGAUCCUGCCCGGAUGGUCCUCAAUGUUUCCAGAACCGCAGUACAUCCGCGCGUCAGUGCCGAUGGUGUUGGUGUCCGUUCUGCUGUUCGUGAUACCGCGCAACCCGACCAUCAACGAAACGGUUCCCAUCCUGACCUGGGACGAGGUCAACAGCCGCGUCUCCUGGGGCACCGUGCUGGUCAUCUGCGGCGGCAUGACCCUCGCCGAAGCGUCCAAGAAAAGUGGCCUGUCCCGCACGGUGGCCACCACGCUGGCCGUUCUCGAGUCCGUGCCAAGCAAGCUCGUGCUGUCGGCGCUCUGCCUGCUGGCGUCGUUCAUGAGCGAGCUGGCCAGCAACUCGGCCGUUAGCUCGCUUAUGAUACCCGUCGUCAUUGAUCUGGCACGUCCGGGUGUGCUGAUGAACCUGAUGACGGUGACCGGCGAAAUCCUGUCCGUGCACAUAGUGGCAAUGUACCUGCUCGGCCUCGACUCGGUACCCUGGUGGGCCAAGGAGUACAGCAUCAGCUUGGCCAACACCAACACCAGUCACCUGGCCCGCGCCGCACGCCGUGCCGGCGUCGAUAUUGUCGAAUCCGUGGCACCGCCGGGCCCGCACGCACGCUGGUAGCCUCGCCAGCUCUUCGGCUACCGACGCUCUGGCUGCGUGUGACGAGCCGAGGGCUGCCUUUUUGGAUGCAGCUUUAGCGAAGGCGGCGUGUUCUGUGACGGCGGCUGCGAAGACUGCUCGGAACCUUGUGGCUAUGCACACUGUUCCUCGCGCGUCUGUUGGGCUCGCACCGAACACGGUUACGCAGUGAACUGUGCAUAUAAUAUUUUACGACUCAAACGCUGCAUACUCUGCCAUGUUCGCGACGUUACCUCUUCUUCCUUUCUUAUUUUGUGAUGUAUAUAUUGCACAUUGAUUGUUAAAGCGUACAGAAUUUUCUUGUUCUCAUCUAUAAGUAUUUACAUUCGAUCUUGUGGCAAUUUAUUUGUGUUUCCCGUUCUUACUAACCGAGUGCGCUGUGCGAUCUUUGGUUUGGAACCAUCGCCUGCAUGUUUUCGCUCUUGUAUUUUUUCUUUUCGACAACGAGCAAACCAGUGCUGAUUCAUACAAUUCCACUGCGGCCGAUUUCUUUAGCACUGUUCAUUGAAGGACCAUUUUCUUAGGUAGCUGUGGAGGCGAGUUCACGCAAAAAUACUCUCUCUGUUGCCCACGUGACAUGCCUCCACAUACCCACAGGAAGAAAGAUACCUGAUUGACCUAACUACCGACUAAGACUCGGUGAAGCGAAUCGAUGUAUUACGAAAAUUAAAUUAGUGCAGAUAUUGUUUGACUGCUAAUAAAUGUGAUCUUCCUUGCGAAGGAGUUAAUAUUGGCUUCUUAUAUUUCUUGCGUACCUUUCCUUAUAAGUGUGAUAAAGCUUUUAUAAGUGUAAUAAAUUUGUGUGCAAUGUUUAA